CUACGCGUACUGCUUUACUAUCUCUGAAAUCUUCUGUGCGCUUGGUUAGUGAGGUGCCGAAUGUUGUUUCUGAUGGGGGUGUUGCGAAAAGCCCUGCAUUGGAAAAUAAAGUUAAAGGGCUGGACUUCUUUUCAGAGAAGUCUUUUUCUGAUGGUGGUUCAGUGGUGGCUACUGUGUCUGAGUCGCCAGGGGAAUUGUCUCCUUCAUUGCCUCAAGAUAUUGUGGUUGAUGACCAGGUUCAGUCAGAGGUGGAAGAGUUUGUUCAAAUGCAGAAUACAUCAACAUCACGCUGGGCUUCUGACAGUGAUUUGGAGGAUAUAUCUCUAUCUGAUGGUGAAGAUGCACCUGUUAAGGGGGAACAGCUUUCAAAGAGGUCUACUCCUGAGAGUGGGGAGUUCUGUAGAGAAAACUCUGAAGAUGGGGCCAGAUUGUCCGAAUCUGAUAUUAUAGAUGGGGAACGUUCUUCCAAAGAUGAAUAUUCUGAUAAUGAGUUGGAGGUUGAUGAUGUCUUGGAUGUUGAUAAUACAGCUGAAGAGGAUAUUGCUGUCGAGGAGCCUGCCAUUUCUGGACAAAGAAGUAGUAACAUGCUUCAGAGUUGUAGGCAUGUGCUUGAAUAUGAGUAUCUCAACAAAGUAAACGAGGGCACUUACGGCGUUGUGUAUAGAGCCAGGGAUAAGAAGACGGGAGAAAUUGUGGCAUUGAAGAAGGUGAAGAUGAAUGUCGGUAGGAAAGAAGAUUAUUUAGAAUAUGGUUUUCCUACUUCAUCUUUGAGGGAAAUUAACAUUCUCUUGUCUUUUAAUCAUCCUUCAGUUGUUAGGGUUAAGGAAGUUGUUAUGGAUGACUUUGAUAGUGUUUUCAUGGUUAUGGAGUACAUGGAAUAUGACCUCAAGGGGCUAAUGGAGUCAAUGAAGUUUCGUUUUAGUACUAGUGAUGUCAAAUGCUUGAUGCUACAGCUUUUGGAGGGUGUUAAGUAUCUGCAUGACAAUUGGGUUCUUCACAGGGAUUUGAAAACAUCAAAUCUUCUUUUGAACAAUCGUGGUGAGUUAAAAAUUUGCGACUUUGGCAUGUCACGCCAGUAUGGAAGCCCACUUAAGCCAUAUACAUCAAUGGUGGUUACUCUAUGGUACAGGGCUCCUGAACUUCUGCUAGGAGCAAAGAAGUAUUCCACAGCAGUUGACAUGUGGUCGGUGGGUUGUAUAAUGGCUGAAAUGCUAGCCAAGAAACCACUAUUCAGUGGGACAAGUGAAGCUGACCAGAUUGACAAGAUAUUCAAAACCCUUGGCACGCCAACUGAGAAAGAUUGGCCUGGAUUGUCUGAACUACCGGGACGAGCCAAAGCAAAAUUUGUUAACCAACCGUAUAAUCUGUUGCGAAGAAGGUUUCCUGCCACAUCUUUCAUAGGAUCUCCGGUUCUUUCGGAAUCAGGAUUUGACUUGUUAAAUAGACUUCUGACUUACGCUCCUGAUCAGCGGAUAACAGUUGAUGAUGCCCUCAAUCACGAUUGGUUUCGUGAGGAUCCUCUUCCCAAGUUCAAUCAUACCUUCUCCCCACAGCAUACUUGGAACAGGCAUUUAGAAGGAAUGCAGAAGAAGAGAAGAGAGUCCGGACUAGGAAAAUGUAGUGACAGUCAGCACGACUACUUGCAUCAUGUACCAUUCAUGAAGCGACUUUAUUAAGGCAUCGAUGUGAACCCAAUUCUAUUGAAGCUUUGAUUGAUUAGGAGCCAAGAGGGAGUGGUGUUAGUUGAAGUCUACGUUUGGGAUUAACUAAUGAGUUAUCCACUGACGUUUUACUAAUCCUCAUUGUAGAUAGAAAUGUAAUUGUUACUUCCAGCAUGGAGUAAACGAAAAAGGAAAAAAAGAAAAGUUUUUCUUAUUCAGAUGCUUACUUCAAUCUUUUUUAAUCACUGCCCCUGGCUUUAGUUUCAAAUGCAUCA